AUUCCUCCGCCGGUCUCCGUCCGGGUCUCCGUCUAUCCCUCCGUCUAUCCCUCCGCCGGAUGUCCGCCUGUCUCUCCGCCGUUAUUAAACCACACUGAUGUGUCUGCGGGUCCUUGUCUGACGGUGCGUUUACAGGCCUUGAAGUUAAAGAAGGAGCUGAAUCAGACGAAUGAAGCCGGAGCGCUGAAAGAGAACAUCAAGAAGAACAGAUACAAAGACAUCCUGCCAUAUGACCAGAAUCGGGUGGUGCUGUCUCUGCUGACUUCAGACUCGGACUCUGACUACAUCAACGCCAGCUUCAUCAAGGGGGCGACGUCAGGCCGCAGUUACAUCGCCUGUCAGGGACCUCUGAGCAACACAGUCAUUGACUUCUGGAGGAUGAUCUGGCAGCACGACGUUAAGGUGAUAGUCAUGGCCUGCAGAGUGAUAGAGAUGGGAAAGAAAAAGUGUCAGUGUUACUGGGCUGAAGAACGACAGUCUGCUGCUUUUGGACCGUUCACUGUCAGCAAUGAGAUGGAGACGUUGUGUAACGACGACGUGAUCGUCAGAAACCUGACCGUCACCUUCCAGCAAAGCAGCCGCUCGCUGGUCCACUACCAGUUCCUCUCGUGGCCCGAUCACGACGUUCCCUACGAGGCUGCAGGAGUUCUGGACCUGCUGGUUAGAACCAGGAACAGCCAGGGAACACACACCGGACCCAUGGUGGUACACUGCAGUGCAGGCUGUGGGAGGACAGGAGUCAUCUGCUCUCUCGACUACAUCCGUGACCUGCUGGUAACCAAGAAAAUCGGAGCAGACUUCAGCAUCAAGCAGAUCGUCCAGGACAUCAGGAUCCAGAGACCGUCCGCUGUGCAAACUAAAGAACAGUAUCAGUUCAUCUUCAUAGCCGCCACCUGCAUGUUAGAGCGAGUCUGCAGGCGGCCAGCCGUCACCACUACUGUUAGCGUGCCUGAGUGUUGUAAAUAA